AUGUUCAAGUACAUCGAAGGCAAAAGGAGAACUACAGAAAAUGUGGGCCCGCUGUUGAACGAGACAGGUGCCGUGGUGACCGACGAUGCAGAGGAGGUGGAGUUACUGAAUGCCUUCUUUGCUUCUGUCUUCACUGCUCAGGCCAGUCCUCAGGAGUCCCAGACUUUGGAGCAGAAGGAGACCAUCGGGAGCCAGCGGGAGGCCAUCCGGGAGCUCACUGGCAAGCUGAGCCGCUGCGAGAGCGCCGACGGCAAGUCCGCCCCCGGGACCUGGAAGAAGGAGCUGGGCAAGGGCAAGGACACCAUGGGCGACCUGCCGCGGGACCCGGCGCAGGUCAUCGACCAGCUGAGCCGCACCAUGCAGACCCUGAAGGACCGGCUGGUUUCCCUAAAGCACCAACUCCGAGCCAACGUGUCAUAUGCUGCACUGCCUAAUGACCUUCGAGAGAUGCUUCAGCGGAGGCUUGGAGACCUGGAACGCCAACUCCUAAGUAAAGUGGCUGAGCUUGAGGAUGAAAAGUCUUUGCUUCAUAAUGAGACGUCUGCCCAUCGGCAGAAGACAGAGACAGCCUUGAAUGCAUUGCUAGAAAGAGUGGCGGAAUUAGAAAAAGGCAACAGUGCAUUUAAGUCACCUGAUGAGUUCAAAGUCUCCCUUCCUCUUCGCACAAACUACUUGUAUGGGAAGAUCAAGAAGACUCUGCCAGAGCUGUAUGCCUUCACUGUGUGCUUGUGGCUGAGAUCCAGUGCUUCUCCUGGAAUUGGCACUCCAUUCUCGUAUGCUGUUCCUGGGCAGGCUAAUGAAAUUGUCCUCAUAGAAUGGGGGAAUAAUCCAAUUGAACUGCUAAUUAAUGAUAAGGUUGCCCAGCUCCCUCUCUUCAUUAGUGAUGGAAAAUGGCAUCAUAUCUGUAUAACAUGGACAACCAGAGAUGGAAUGUGGGAGGCUUUUCAGGAUGGAGAGAAGCUUGGCACCGGGGAGAAUCUUGCUCCUUGGCACCCAAUUAAACCUGGAGGAGUCUUGAUCCUGGGUCAGGAACAGGACACAGUAGGAGGAAGAUUUGAUGCAACUCAAGCCUUCGUUGGGGAGAUGAGCCAGUUCAAUAUAUGGGACAGGGUCUUAAAAGCUGAAGACAUCAUGAAUAUUGCUAACUGCUCUACCAACAUGCCUGGCAACAUCAUACCCUGGGUUGAUAACAACGUUGACGUGUUUGGAGGUGCUACUAAAUGGCCUGUGGAGACAUGCGAGGAGCGUCUGCUAGAUUUAUAG